CGGUUUUGCCUAUAAAUAUUAGUGUAGUUAUUUUCUAUUGCUAUUAAGUUCAAGAACGAAAGGAUUGUAGGAAAACAAGUAGUCUUACAAACAAGAUGAGCACUGAGGAUGGAGAAAAAUCAAGGAAAACCUUUGAUCAGAAAGGAGCUGAAGAUCAAAGUGUCCCGUUGUUCAAACUUUUCUCAUUUGCAGAUAGGUUUGAUCUUGCUUUGAUGAUCAUUGGAGCAGGAGCUGCCAUGGCCAAUGGGUUGACACAACCAUUCAUGUCCAUCAUCUUUGGUGAGCUAAUAAAUUCUUUUGCCAAGGUGGAUCAAUCACAUCUUGUUCAUACAGUCUCAAAGGUCUGCUUUGAUUUUGUGUGCCUUGCUAUUUAUGCGGGCAUUGCUUCAGUUUUACAAAUGUUGUGUUGGACAAUUACUGGAGAAAGGCAAGCUGCCCGUAUGAGGGGAUUGUAUUUGAGAGCAAUUCUAAGACAGGAUAUUGCCUUCUUUGACACUGAAAUGUCAACUGCAGAGGUGAUUGGUAGAAUGUCUGGCGAUAUCAUUCAACAAGUAAUGGGUGUAAAGGUUGGGAAAUUCAUCCAAUAUAUCUCAACUUUCCUUGGAAGCUUCACAAUUGCUUUCAUAAAAGGACGGCUUCUUUCAUUAGUUCUGUCUUCUUGUCUUUCUGCGUAUGCCAUUCCUGGAGGAAUCAUGGCGUUGAUCAACUCUAAGGUGUCAAGUCACAUGCGAGUUGUUUAUUCACAAGCUGCAAACGUGGUAGGACAGACGAUAGGAGCAAUUAGAAUGGUUGCUUCCUUCACUGGAGAAAAACAAGCAAUAGAUAAGUACAACAACAACAUUAGAAUUGCUUACAGAUAUAAAAUUCUACAAGGUCUGGCUUCUGGUGGAGGAGCUGGUGCUCUUUUACUUGUAGUGUUCAGUACUUAUGGAAUUGCCUUUCUGUACGGGAGCAGGCUGAUAAUAGAUAAAGGAUACAAUGGGGGAGAUGUAGUCAGUGCCCUUGCAGCCAUUAUGAUUGGAGGAAUGGCACUACGCCAAAUAUCCUCGUAUCUAAGUGCAUUUGCAGCAGGGCAAGUUGCGGCUUAUAAAAUAUUUGAGACAAUAAAUCGCACACCGCAAAUUGAUGCAUCUGAUAUGGGAGGUAUUGAGUUGGAUGACAUGAUAGGUGAAAUUGAACUAAGAGAUGUGUAUUUUAGGUAUCCGGCAAGGCCAGAUGUGCAAAUCUUUUCUGGAUUAUCAAUGCACAUCCCAAAUUGCCAAACUGUAGCUCUGGUAGGUCAAAGUGGAAGUGGCAAGUCGAGUGUCAUAAGUUUACUGGAAAGGUUUUACGAUCCUGAUGCAGGAGAAGUACUGAUAGAUGGCAUCGAUAUAAAGAAAUUCAAGCUCAAAUGGUUAAGAGAAAAAAUGGGAUUAGUGAGUCAGGAACCUAUCCUAUUUGCAACUACCCUUAAAGAGAAUAUAGCCUAUGGCAAGGAAAAUGCUACCGAUUUGGAGAUAAGAACAGCGUUAGAAAUUGCUAAUGCUGCCAACUUCAUUGAUGAACUUCCCGAGGGGCUUGAUACCAUGGUUGGCGAGCAUGGAAUGCAGUUAUCAGAUGAACAAAAACAAAGAGUAGCAAUUGCGAGGGCAAUUCUAAAGAAUCCAAAGAUUCUCCUCCUUGAUGAAGCCACAAGUGCUUUGGAUGCAGAAUCAGAACGAAUGGUGCAAGAUGCACUCAACAAUCUUAUAUCAAACAGAACAACUGUGGUUAUCGCUCAUCGUUUGACAACUAUACGUAAUGCUGACCUCAUAGCUGUCCUGCAAUCUGGAAAACUUGUGGAGCAAGGAACUCAUGAUGAAUUGAUGCAAGAUCCUAAUGGGGCAUAUACCAAACUAGUCCAAAUGCAACAAGAAAGUAAGCAAAAACACAAUACACAACAAGUGGUUUCACUCGAGAGGCGAAGGACUAUGAUGGAUUCAGAUGAGUUUACUUGGUCAUCGAGCCAGAGAAUAUCUGCAGCAAUGAGAAGAUCAGUGAGCUUUUCGUCGUCAAGACAUUCUAUCACAUUUGGCUAUGUGAUACCUGGUCUAAUUAACAUUUGGGAACCUGAAACCAGAAAUGAUUAUGAAAAUGAAGAAGAAGAAGCAUAUGAAAAAAAUAUGGAGAAACAGAAAAUUACUUCUAUUAAGCGGCUUGUUGCUCUAAACAGACCAGAACUUCCAUGUUUGGUGCUGGGAGUAAUAGUUGCAUGUAUUCAAGGGGCAAUUUUACCUGUAUUUGGAUUCAUUAUCUCCAUGGCUAUUAAAGCUUUGUUUGAACCACCAUCAAAGAUGAUUAAAGAUUCCAGAUUUUGGGCACUCAUGUGUCUUUCCCUAGGUCUAGUUACUUUCCUAGUUUUACCUAUCCAGAAUUUCUUUUUUGGAAUUGUGGGAGGGAAAUUAAUUCAAAGAAUUCGGUCCUUGGCAUUCAAGAAGGUAAUCUACCAAGACAUCAGCUGGUUUGACGAUCCUACAAACUCAAGCGAUGCAGUUUGGGCUAGAUUAUCUGCUGAUGCUUCCACUGUUCGGUGCCUUGUAGGCGACGCCUUAGCACUACUUGUCCAAAACAUUGCUACUGUGCUAUCAGGCCUGAUUAUAGCCUUUCAUGCCAAUUGGGCUUUAGCACUCAUAAUUGUUUGUGUUUUGCCAUUAAUGUCUGCAGAUUUGCUAGUGCAAAUAUGGUUAUCCAAUGGAUUCCGUGUGGAUCCUAAGGUUAUGUAUGAAGAAGCAAGUCAAAUUGCAAGUGAAGCGAUUGGUGGUAUAAGAACUGUGGCAUCUUUUUGUGCGGAAGAGAAAGUGGUGGCAAUGUAUCUGAAGAAAUGUGAAGUCCCGGUGACACAGGGAGUUCAUGUUGGCAUUAUCAAUGGUGUAUGCUUUGCUUUUGGUUCUCUGGCAUUAUAUCUUGCAAAUGCUUUCUUUUUCUACAUUGGAGCUGUUCUGGUUCAACAUGACAAAGCAACAUUCUCCGAAGUCUUAAAGGUUUUCUAUGCAAUGACAAUGUUAAGUGUCGGAAUUUCUCAAGCAUAUGCAAUGGCUCCAGAUGUAAACAAAGCUAAGGAAUCUGCUGCUUCUAUAUUUGCCAUGAUUGAUAGAAGACCCAAGAUUGACUCUAGUAGCAAACAAGGCAAGAUUUUACCUAUUGUUUGGGGAGAGAUCGAGUUUGAUCAUGUGAGCUUCAAGUAUCCAACUCGCCCAGAUAUCCAAAUCUUCAAGGACUUAAACCUGAAAAUUCCUGCUGGAAAGGUAUGUGCUCUCGUUGGAGAGAGUGGAAGUGGUAAAUCAACGGUGAUUAGCUUAAUUGAAAGGUUCUAUGAUCCCGAGUCUGGAGCAGUAUUAUUGGACGGGGUUCCUCUCGGGGAACUAAAGCUAAGUUGGCUAAGGCAACAGAUGGGGCUAGUGAGCCGAGAAUCAAUACUCUUCAACGAGACAGUUCGUGACAAUAUUGCGUAUGGCAAACAGGGGACUGUAACCGAAGACGAGAUUGUUAAGGCAGCGAAAAUGGCAAAUGCCCACAGAUUCAUUUGCUCGUUGCCUCGAAGCUAUGACACUCGUGUAGGAGAAAGAGGAACACAACUCUCGGACAGCCAAAGGCAAAGAAUUGCCAUUGCAAGGGCAAUCUUGAAAAACCCAGAAAUCCUUUUACUGGAUGAUGUUACAAGCGGACUGGAAACCGUGUGUGAACAAAUGGUGCAAGAGGCGUUGGACCGGGUGAUAAUGAACCGAACCACUGUUAUGGUCGCGCAUCGCUUAGCCACGGUCAGGCGGGCCCAUUCAAUUGCGGUUAUCAAGAACGGAGUGAUUGCUGAAGAGGGAAGUCAUGAGGUGCUAAUGAAUAUUGAGAAUGGAGUUUAUGCUUCCUUGGUCUCCCAUCAUAUAGGUGCAACUUAAGCAAAAUAUGUCUCUCUUGCUUUCUAAGAUCUCUUCAAACACCUUUGAACAACUAUAUUCUUGGAAUAACAUCCAUAGAAACACCAGUUACUAUUUUGGGAAUCCUAGCAUUUGAUUGUAU